UUUUAUUAAAACAGGUGCCUUGAUGGUGCUCUCAAAAUUUUGCUAAAAUUUUUGUGUAUGUGUCUGCGUACAGGAAAAUGGCAGAAAGUCCUUCUAAGGACACUCGAUCUGUUUCUAACAAGAAAGGACCCUGCCCUUGGCUGUGUGAUUUAGUCCCCUCGAACCUUCCACCGCCUGGACCAGCCCAGACAGUCUUACACCCUCGAAAGGAUGUCUUUGUUCUGAAGGUGGCUAAAGUAGGGCCUACUGGAGAUCGACGUUGUAAAAUGGAACUUGAAUUAGUGACGCCGAAGGGACCCGAAAAGAAACCACCAUGUCGAAUAGACACCAGAGAAACUCAGUGCGAACCAGAUCCACCACCGUGUACAUGUUGUACGAAGCCGAAAAAGAAGGGAAAAAGUUAAGACGCCUCGAAAAUAAAAAUCUAUUCUUCGCAAAAUUUUAAUAGAACUUACAUGAAAUACGUAUAUCUUACAUCAAAUAACCCUUCAAGACUUGUGUUUUAGAAAAAAUUGCUGAAAAUAAACCCCAUUAAACAUGAAUAACUAACUGUU